UAUGAUAGAAAGAGGCACCGUUUCUAGAUUUCUGUACUGCAGUUUCUAGCUUGGUGUAACACUACAUUUUAAGGGUCAGAAUAAUAAAAGUAAACUGGGUUGGCAUAAAAAUACUGGAUACCUACCUCCCAUUCCUGUGAGUAAAUGUCUCGAGUGUGUACUUCUGUGUGUGUAUUCGGGGUUUACCUUUCUUUGCUGCCAGAGGCUGAUUAUGUCAUGUGUUUCCACGGAGAGCAUUGUGGUGUUUUCUGUAACGCAGAACCUCAUUGGCCUCACCGUUCCAGCAACUCUCCCAGUUUAUAGUGAGUUGCCAUAACAACAGAGCGGCAGACCCGUCAUCAACUUUGGGUGUCCGUUACCUCUGUUAUGUUCUCACCGUUAAGUACAGGCUCGUAUAACUAGAAAUGAGUCAUUUAGACAGAGAUAGAGGGUUGGAAGGGAAAGAUAGGAGGUGGUGUAUGUGAUGGGAGUAGAACGAGGGAGUAUGAAGGGAGAGAGGAGAAAGAUAAAGAGCGGCUGAACUAAAGGGAGGCAAAAUGCUUCAUGCUCUGAGGUCUGUCUACAAGCCUCACUCUGAAUCCCUGGUAACCAUGGAAACCAAGUUUGGAGAGAGACCAAAUGCAGAUGCCUCCAUCUCCAGCCCUCAGAGUGAAGCUGUGGCCAAUGAGCUGCAAGAGCUGUCCCUGCAGCCCGCCCCCAACCUGCUGCCAGUCAGAGACAGGAAGAAUGUUCUCCAGCUGAAGCUACAACAGAGAAGGUCCAGAGAGGAGCUGGUCAACCAGGGGAUCAUGCCUCCACUGAAAAGUUCAGCUGCUUUCCACGAACAGAGACGGAGCUUGGAACGAGCACGGACUGAAGACUAUCUCAAGAGGAAGAUCAAGAGUAGACCAGAGCGAUCUGAACUAAUCAGGAUGCACAUCCUGGAGGAGACGUCAGCGGAGCCGUCACUUCAGGCCAAGCAGCUGCAGCUGAAGAGGGCUCGCCUCGCUGAUGAUUUGAACGAUAAAAUCUCCCACCGGCCGGGGCCCAUGGAGCUGAUCCACAAAAACAUCCUGCCUGUUCACUCCAGCAUUAAACAGGCCAUCAUAGAGACACAGUUUCCAAAGGCUUCGGGUGAUAACUCGUCAUGUGAUGAGGACAGCAAUUGCAGUCUGUCUCCAGAACAGUCGGUGAGCCAGGAGUCUCCUCUUGGACUGCUACCUCUGCCUUCUCCACCAGAGACUCUGACCAGGAGCAGCAUCCCAUCUCCUACACAGGUCCCUCCUCCUGUUCCUCCUCUCCCAUCAGUCUCCGCAUCCUCCCCCUCAUUGAAGCUGACCAAUGGGACAGCAGCACCAUCUGCCCAGAGGACGGGUGCGAUCUCACAGAUCAAGUUCCAGCCGAAACCAAACUCUGACCGCUCAGCCCAAAGACACAAAAAACCAAAGGACACCAAGCCAAAGAUUAAAAAGUUAAAGUACCAUCAAUACAUCCCACCUGACCAGAAGGGAGAUAAAGAGCCCCCCCCUCAUCUGGACUCAUCUUACGCCAAAAUCCUCCAGCAGCAGCAGCUUUUCUUGCAGCUCCAGAUCCUCAAUCAGCAGCAGCAGCACUACAACUACCACGCCAUCCUGCCUGCACCACCCAAACCUCAGACAGAUCAGCAGCCUUCCUCUUCCUCCUCCAACUCCAUGACCACCUCCUCCCCUCCUCGACCUGUCACCGCCCCGUCAACGACGCCCUCCAACCAGGGCAGUCACAGCCGACAGAGCUCUGCUCCUUUAGGUGGGACAAAACCAACGUCUCUACCCCCAAACCUGGACGAAAUGAAGGUCGCUGAACUGAAGUCCGAGUUGAAGCUGCGUAGCUUGCCGGUCUCUGGCACCAAAAAUGACCUCAUCGAGAGGCUGAGGACCUACCAGGAGCUGAAUGGAGGAAGCGACACUACCUCUUCUCCAACAGCAGGGGGUACCACGGGGCCAGGGGCUGAAGGAGCAGGAAAAUCCUCCAAAACUGCUGCAACCGCCACCAACAAAGGCACAUCGCAGCAACAGCAACAGUUUCACUUUCAGUGCCUUCAGACACCUUCAGCUGAUGCAGAUAGCAGUGCCACUCCAGGUGCAACCGCCCCUCAGCAGCUCCUCUGCGAUGGCAACAUCUCCCCCCUCACCCCCUCUGAACACUCGCCAGGUGCCAUGAGCCCAGACGAUACCAGCUUUAACAGUGAAGCCCUGGGGGAAAUGAUGAGUUCACCUCUCACCCAGUUGAGCCUGCAGCCGUGUUUAGCCGCUCAGCUUCCCGUUAACAUUAAAGAAGAGCCCAAGUGCUCCACCCCAGCGCCGUGUCAGUUCUCUUUAAAGGCAGCCGCUCUGCAGAAACGUUGCCUGGCCUCGUCAACUGCCCCCACCACUACAACCACAGCUCCAGCAGUAGUGGCUCUGGACAAAGACAAGAUGCUGCAGGAGAAAGACAAGCAGAUAGAGGAGUUGACCAGGAUGCUGAGGCAGAAACAGAGGCUGGUGGAGGUGCUGAGGAUGCAGCUGGAGCACGGUAAGAGAGGAGGACUAGUUCCAGAGCCGCUGGUUCUUGUAAGAGUUAAACAAGAACCUCCUGAUAAGCCCAGUGUCCCUCUCUCAUCAGGCCAUCCUUCAUUCCCCCCUCCAGUGUCAUGUGAGUUGGAUGUUACCAAGGUAACUGUCAAACAGGAAGCCGUGGAGGAAGAGGAGGUUGUGUCUGAGACAACUAUUCAAUCACCGGACACUCGUGGAUUACCACAGUCCUCGACCCAAACCCAGGAGGCGCAGAAAAAGCCAGAGCAGAUGAGCACACCGACGAAACAACAACAUAUAUGUCUCCAGGAAACCACUCUGCAAUUCGCCCAGCAACAGGCCAUCCAGAAACUUUUGCUGCAGCAACAGCACAACGCUCAGAACCAGCAGCAGACAGUUCAGAACCGCAAUCAGACGCUGGAGAACCAGCAGAACCUGCAGAAACUUUCUCAGCAGAGGAAGAAGAAAUCUCACAAACAGCAGCUCAAGCAACAACAGCAGCAGCAGCUGUCGCAGUCGCAGCAGCAACAGCGGCAGCAACAGUCCAAACAACAUCAGCAGCAGAUGCAGCUGAAGCAACAGAUUCUACUGAAGCAGCAAAAGUCGUUUUUACAGCAGCAGAACAAGCAGCAGCAGCAGACGAAACAACUGCAACAGAUCCAGAUACAGACCAAGAUACAUCUGAAGCAGCAGCAGCAGCUGCUCGUUCAGCAGAAACAACGGGCACAGCAGCAGUCACCGCAGGUGUCUCAAACGUGCCUCAACCAGCAGUCGGCUCCCUCUUUCCCACUGGACCUCCUUAAGAGCAACUCCGCCCCGACUCUGGUCACCGACAGCAACGGUAACCACUUCCUGAUUGCACUGAGCAGUCACGUCACUGAGAACCAAAGAAGCGACGCGCCUGAUGGCAAAGCGACCAAUCAAAUCCCACUGCAGCGACAACAGUCCACUCCGGCCAAACUUCCUGGCCACAACCUCGUUCAGCUGCCCAGAGCUGAUAAUCAAACCAAACAGAGCGCACACGUGGGAUUCUUGAAGCAACAAAACACAAAGGAGCCACAGAACGGGGGACUUCACGUAUCCGCAGACCAGCCUCAGCAGGAAGUGUCUCAGUGUUUGUCAGCACCUCCCAGUCUGCAGCCUUUCUUCAAGGACCAGGAGAGUGCUCCCUCAGGGAAAAACACCUUAUCACCUUCCUCUCAAAUUGACUUGUGCCCCGGUCUGGAUGUCUUGUUUAGUCCUCUGUCUCCAGCUUCCAUUAAGACAGCUGCCUCAUCGCCUGAUAACAAAGAGCAUGAAGAUGACUUUAUUGACAUCAUUUUGCAGACUGGAGAAAUGCCGACCACCUUCAAACCAGCACCAGAUCCUUCUCUGGACCGUCUAAACCCAAAAUCCUUUACCUCUUCCCCUCCUCCCUCGCCACUCCAGCUGUUACUAUCACCUCCCGUCCCACCCAGCUGUGACACCCCACAGUUGGCCGCCUCGGUGCAGUCCGAGCUUCAGACUCUCGUGGACAACACAGAAGAGAGACAACACCUCGGUAACACCGGGAGUGGACGCCUGGAGGAUUUCCUUGAAAGCACCACUGGUAAGCCUCUCCUUGGGGUGGAGCCUGGUGGCCUUUUGACUCUGAUCGAUGACCUCCACAGUCAAAUGCUGUGCACUCCCAGCAUCCUCGACCAUCCCCCGUCUCCCAUGGAUACCUUCGACAUGGAAGCUGAGGGGGGGAACGGGCUGGACAGUAUGGAUUGGUUGGACCUAACAAUGGGAGGAGUGAGGGGAGAGGAAACACCCACGCUGGCUCCAUUGGGUCCUCAGACACCCACUAGCGUGUUUUCCACAGACUUCCUGGACAGUUACGACCUGCAGAUACUCCAGGACUCCUGCCUAUAGCCCACAGCAGUCAGAAAACAAACCGCACGGCUCGGUCGCAUGCACUCACGGUUCUACACAAAAACAUGUAAUUGAUUGCUGAGGCUUCAGUAUCUAAUUAGAGCACUCUUUCUGCAUCUUCUCACACACUGGAAUAUUGAAUCUUCAAGCACUUUGACCUUUAUUUAUUUUAUUUACACGCUGUAAUAUCGAUCUGUGUGCAGACACUUAUCAGGCAGGUCUUCUAUCUGUUUCUUGCUUCUUUAGCAACACCUUUGUCGACACAUUACAGGGACUUUUGUGGCUUUUGGACCCCGAUAGUAGAUAAAACGCCUUCAACUGAGCCAUGAACCUAUCGCUUACACUUAAAUUCAUCUUCAUUUGCUACAGAGGAGAAGUAUUUAUCUGUUUAUUUGACCCUCUCCUAAUUAGAGUGCAAAUCCUUAGUGGCCUUUUGCAGUAAAGAUAAUCAAUAGUUUACCACUACAGGAAAAGGUACAGGUAAUCAAUAGCCAAAGUUAAGCUUAAAGACAAUGAUCAUCUAACAGCAGAAAAGUUUUCAAAGUGGAUAGUAAAGUUGUAGUUUGGGCAUAGUUGGUCAUAAUUUGGAUAUGCAUUAUGAUUUGAGGUAGAGCACAGAGAGCAUUACUAGAGUUUGUGUAUCCUGUCCAGCAGGACCCAACUACUGCUUUUCAAUAAUGAAUUAACAUUUUUAUUAAUUAUUAUUCUCUCCACUCAAAGAUCAUUGCUAAAGAAACACCGCUAUUGUACGCAUUUUUAACAGAAUACAAAAGUGUGUGACUUUUUUUUCAUCACAGUUUUACAAAUUAUGAAAUAUUCAAUUCAGUUUUAUCUAUAAAUCACCAAAUUAUAACAAAAGUUAUCUCACGACAUUUUCCAUAAGAGAUGGUCGAGACUGUACUCUUUAGAAUAUUCACCGAGAUCUACCAGUUCCCACCACGGGCAAGCACUUGGCGACAGCAGCAAGGAAAAGCUUCCUUUAACUGAAACAAAAUCUUGACCUACGUCGGGAAAAUGACAACGUUAAAUGGUCGCACAUGGAUUGUCACACAUAGCUCCAGUGUUACAGCACAGUGACGUUACAAAAUACGUAUGUGGUAUAUAGGUAGUGAGGUAUGAAAACACCUUCACUGACAGUUAGUUUUCUUGUGUUUGUAAUAUUCCCCAAAGAGAGUUGCAAAAAGUAUCCCACACCCUUUCUUUGCACUUUGCAACAGUCAAUAUUGAAUGUUGAGCACAUACCGUGUGCAGCAUGUGUAGAACAACACGUCAUUGUCCGGUAUUUGAAUGUAAAGAGCGCUUUAAUUUGACAAAGUUCAGGUAAUUCUAUAAGAUUUAAAACGUGAGAAGAAAAGUAUUUCAGCAUGCGCUCUGAAGAGAGUCCCUAAUUUCAUACACAACCCAACUACUUCUAAGCAAAUACAGUAAGUGUAUUAUUAAGAAAUAUCUGAACCUCAAAAAAAGUGUUUCUGACGUCUGUACACUGAUUCACGAGACGUAUCAGGUCGUGACUGUGAGGCGAUUGUUCCCGCGGGUUAUAGCAACAAGAUCAAUUUAAAUGGUCCAACUAGUUUGGGACUUUUUCAAAGAGUUUAUAUUAAAUGAAUAUUUUUGCAUAUUCAGAAAGAUUUUAACAGAACUGCACUUUGAAUAUGCCGCAUGCAUCUUAUGUUUUAUGAUACUUUAUAGUUUGUACAUUAUAAAAAAAAAACAACUUUUACACAUUUUGUAUUAAUAUUUUGUGCGUGAAUGUCUUUGGUAUCUCCUGAACGUAAACACGAUGCACGUGCUUCAUGUUUACAUCAGUGUGUUACCAACUGAUUUUUAUGGUUAUUUUGGACACUUGAGUCUUGAAAACUGCCAUACUGUUUGCACUUGUUCUAAUGAAUGAAUUCACGUGUAAUACAAAGGGAAGUGAAGCUCCUGAAAUGCCUUCUUCAUGAGGAUUAUUUGGCUGUCCUGUACUGUAUCAGUACUUUUGCCAACAGGUGGGAAAGACAUUUUAUUUAAGUCCUUUCCCUCUUUGAGACUUUACAGUGCUGUAAUAUACCAGUUUAGACACUGAACAUGUUUUAUAGUUUUCCAUUUCUACUUGUGGAGCACUCUGGUGAGACCAGUUUGUGUGUACUGUGACUGUUUCUGACAAAAUGUCUGUAUUUUGAAUCCAAAAACUUUGGAGACUCGUUCGUUACUGCACGAACAAACACACAAGUUCAUUUUCGAUUCUCACUUAUCAUUUUACACACUGUAGCCAUAUUUACUUUAUGAAUUCAGUUUAGUCUGCUAC